AUGAAACCAGAAACUUUAGUUAUGAAAAUAAUAGAAGCUAUUGAAACAGCUUCACCAGCUGUAAUAACUUUCAACGGUAAAAAUAUCAGCAUAACUAAAAAACUUAUUGACAAAUACAAAUAUUGUAAAGUCAGAGACGAUAUAGAUUUAGAAAGAAUUGACGCGAACGCAAAAGAAGGUGGAUAUAUAUUUUCCCUACCUUUAAUAUUUAGUGGACUUAUUGCAGCCGGUACAAUAGCUGGUGCUGCAGCUGGUGGAGUAGGCGUUGCCAACGCAAAGAAAGCUGCUAUUGCAGAGGCUGCUGCUAAAAAAGCCACCGAUGAAAAGAACGCAGCCGAAGAACGUAGACAUAAUUUAAAAAUGGAAAAGUUGGCAGCAGAGGUUGAAAAACCUAAAACGGAAAAGAAAGGUUCAGGAGUGGGAGAAAUGAUAGGCACAAUGAAAGAAUUUGGAAAAAGUGAAGAAACCAAGAAAACUGUUAAACAAGGAUUAAAUAAAUUAGAAGAUAGUAUUGACACAGGAGAAAUCAAAGUCAAACAUAAGGGUAAUGGAAUAUUUUUAAAAAACAAACGCACUGGAGAAGGAAUAUAUCUUUCGAAAGACGAUAUAGAUUUAGAAAGAAUUGAGGCGAACGCAAAAGAAGGUGGAUUUUUACCUUUCCUUCUACCUUUAAUAUUUGGUGGUAUUACAGCGGCUAUUAGAAUAACAAAAACAGUCCUCUCAAAGAAAGCAGAUGAUGCUAAAGCCGCUGAAGAACGUACACAUAAUUUAGCACUGGAAAAGAAAGCAUGA